AUGUCAGCGCAUUCGGGACACGAACAGCGUGACAUCAGUCACAGCCAUUUCCGCGACCGCAACUUCAUCAACCAGGGAAACGUUCAAGGGAAUAUUUACUACGGCCUGCCCCACCCGCCGGCCCGUGCCGAAGUCGUCCGCGUCAUUCCAUAUCCUCGCAACGAGGAUCUGGUCCAUCGCGGGGAUCUCAUCGACAGGCUAGACAAGCUUUUGCCGCCAACGCUAGGAUCCCAUAGCGCCGCGCUCUGGGGCUUGGGAGGAUCAGGUAAGACGCAGAUUGCGCUCGACUAUGCGUAUCGACGAUGCGACGCGGACGAUGAAUGCGGCGUCUUCUGGGUACAUGCAGACAAUGAAGCGACUUUUUUGGCCGAUUAUAAGACGAUCGGGAAGAAGCUUGGGGUCGACGAGCGGCUUGAUGGGCCAGAUCUGCUCGAUGCGGUGCGCGAUGGGAUCGAAGCGCAGCGGAAAUGGCUAAUGGUCUUUGAUAAUGCUGAUGACCUGAAGUUGUUUGGAGUAAGACAAGAAAAAGGAGACGGGACGAAGGAGAACCAGAGCCUACGGAAAUAUGUCCCUUGCACAUCGCAAGGGACGGUACUAUGGACGAGUCGAGAUGCGCACAUCACCGGUACACUUGUCGGACCGCGCCAAGGUGUUGAGGUGCGAUCUAUGGCGAUGGACGAGGCGACGACGCUCCUGGCAAGAGUCAGAGACGAGCCGCUGACUGCGGAGGAGGCAUCGGGGGAGGUAGGAGCGAAUGCUCUUCUGGAAGAGCUACAAUGCCUGCCGCUAGCGAUCUCGCAAGCUGGGGCAUACAUGCGGCGUAUAUCGAUGACAGCCGAGCAAUACCUGGCUCUCCUAAGGCAAGGCCAAACGCGGUGGGAAGUGCUGAAGAUAAGCGAUGCGGACCGACAUCGACGGCCUGAGGUGUCGAACAGUGUGCUUGAGACGUGGAGGAUCUCGACGGAGCGGAUCCGGGUGGAGAGCGAGAUGUCGUACCGGAUACUGCACGUGAUUGCGUAUGUGGACAGUCAAGACAUACCGCAAGAACUGAUAGCAGCAGCCACUGGUCAGUACGACACUGAUGACAAGAGCCUACCGAUGCAAGUUACAGAGCUUGAGGUUCUGGAGGCGGUCACGCGAUGGAAGGAGUUUUCUUUCCUUAGCCUACGCCAGAGCGAAGAUGGCGAGCGGAGCUAUGAGAUGCAUAAGCUCGUGCAAGAAGCUGUCCGAUAUGGGCUGGGGGUAAGAGGCCCGAUGCAGACGACCGUGGGCAAGGCGCCACGGGCAGAGAGCGGGCCGAGCGAGCCAGAGAACGGUGAAGCAUACUAUUCUGGCAUAGCUCUGCAGGUAGUAGAUGGCCUUUUUCCGUCAUCAGAACCGACUUCGUGGGCGCAAUGCGAGCAGUACGUGACGCAUGCCAUACGAGUAGCAGAGUGGGCAGAGGUUAGUGGGACCGAGAUCGACACAGUGACUCUACUUGCGAGAGUAUCGUACUUUCUUUACGAGCGAGGGCGAUGGAGAGAGAAGGAGCCGGUAGACAGUCGGGCAUGGGGUCUCCGACGGAAGGUGCUUGGGGAGAAGCAUCCAGAUACGAUCAGCAGCAUGGCGUCACUCGCAACGACGUACCAUGGGCAGGGCCGAUAUGAUGAGGCGAAGAGAUUUAAGGAUGAAGCACUGGCUCUCCGACGAGAAGUGCUUGGGGAGAAGCAUCCAGACACGAUAAGGAGCAUGGCAGGCCUCGCGGCGACGUACCAUGCGCAGGGCCAAUAUGAUGAGGCUGAAGAGAUCGUGGUCAAAGUGUUGGAUCUUCGACGAGAGGUGCUUGGGGAGAAGCAUCCAGAUACGAUCAGGAGCAUGGCGGACCUCGGGGCGACGUACCAUGCACAGGACCGAUAUGACGAGGCUGAGAGAUUAGAGGAUAAAGUACUAGAACUUCGACGCGAGGUUCUGGGAGAGAAGCAUCCAGAUACGAUCAGUAGCAUGGCAGACCUCGCGACGACGUACCAUCAGCAGGGCCGGUAUGACGAGGCUGAAGAGAUCGCAAUCAAAGUGCUGGAUCUCCGACGAGAGGUGCUUGGGGAGAAGCAUCCAGAUACGAUCAGGAGCAUGGCGGGCCUCGCGACGACGUACCAUCAGCAGGGCCGGUAUGACGAGGCUGAGAGAUUUAAGGAUGAAGCACUGGCUCUCCGACGAGAGGUGCUUAGAAAUAAGCAUCCGGAUACGAUCAAAGGCAUGGCGUCACUCGCGACGACGUACUAUAUGCAGGGCCGAUAUGACAAGGCUGAGAGAUUGAUAGACGAAGCACUAGAUCUCCUACGAGAGGUGCUUGGGGAAAAGCAUCCAGAUACGAUCAGUAGUAUGACGGAACUCGCGACGACGUACCAUGCACAGGGCCGAUAUGACGAAGCUGAAGACAUUUACCAAGAAGUACUGGAACUGCAACGAGAGGUGGUUGGGGAGAAGCAUCUAGAUACGAUCAGGAGUAUGGCGGACCUCGGGGCGACGUACCAUCAGCAGGGCCGAUAUGACGAGGCUGAAGAGAUCGUGGUCAAAGUGCUGGAUCUCCGACGAGAGGUGCUUGGGGAGAAGCAUCCAGAUACGAUCGAGAGCAUGGCGGACCUCGGGGCGACAUACUAUGCGCAGGGCCGAUAUGACGAGGCUAAGCGGCUUCAUCAAACCGCCUUGGAGCUUCGUCGGCAUGUGCUUGGAGAAAGCCAUCCGGAUUGUCACGGGCCAGGGCCCAUAUCCUUGCGGCGCAGCCGCAAGACGUACUGA